CUUCCAUCCGCUGCCACGAAUCCCAUAACUGAAUCAUCGGAAUAGUCGCCGUCAUCCACGGCUUCACCGGCGAGUCGAGCUGGCUCAUUCAGCUCACCUCCGUCCUCUUCGCCAAGUCCGGCUUCGCCACUUGCGCCAUCGAUCACCAAGGCCCACGGCUCUCUCCCUCAACCUGAUCUCUCUCUCUCUCUCUCUCUCUCUCUCUCUCUCUCUCUCUAUACAUAUCUGUUGUCUCAUGGAAGUCAUGCCAUGUCCCGUGACUCCAGAGUCUCAACCCAAACAUGAAUCAUCGAAUUUUUCAGAAUAAAGAUCCGCAACUUUCAUCUCGUCGGACUGCCUUCUCCUAUGAGCUGUUCUCCUCCUCCUCACUUUCUCUCUCCUCCUCCUCCUCCUCCUCCCUCCAAUCAAUUUCUCUCACUGUAACGUUGUUGAUGCGGUCCCCUCAAGACCGGGAGGCGCUCAGGAACAGCGAGACUCCCUCCCCUCGCCCUGGAAUCCAAUCCCACCACCACCAUCACUUCCACUCCACCGUCUCUGUUCAGAAGCUCCGCCGACUCAACACCCUCAUUUUCGUAUUCCGACUCGCCGCUUUUUGCUUCUCCGUUGCUGCUUCAGUUUUCAUGCUCGUUAACCCCACAAGUGCCUCCAAUUCCCCUCGCUGGUACAACUUCGACGCCUUCAGAUUCGUUCUUGCUGCCAACACCAUAGUCGCUGUGUAUUCAUUGUUCGAAAUGGGAGCUUCUGUUUGGGAGAUUUCCAGUGGCGUCACAUUGCUCCCUGAGAUCCUUCAAGUCUGGUUCGAUUUCGGCCAUGAUCAGGUGUUUGCAUACCUGUUGCUGUCGGCGGACUCGGCGGGAACGGCGUUGGCUCGGACGAUGAAGGGGACGGACACGUGUACGGACAACAACGCCUUCUGCGUUCAGACAGACAUCUCCAUCGCCUUGGGAUUUGCUGGCUUUCUGUUUUUGGGGCUAUCCUCGAUCCUCUCUGGAUUUCGGGUCGUCUCUUUCAUUAUCAACGGCUCUCGCCUUCAUCUGUAGAGCCCCCAAUUUGAGUGAGGGAUGAGAAUACUGAUGUUAUUGCCCUUUUUACUGUGCAACCCUACUCUACUCUACUGUGUGUAAUCUGCUGUACUGAUCUGAUUCGGCUUUGGAUGUGUUAUGGGCUUGGUUUGAAUAAUAGUUUAAAAAUUAAUUUUUUUUUUUU